AUGAGAGCGACGGGUGCAACAUCCAAUUGUGGGUCGGCACCUGGCGACACAGACUGUCUUGGAACCAUGCAAAGAUCAUUGCAGUGGAUGGCAAGUAUCGACGACGGGGGACACAAUUUAUGGGACGGGGAUUAUCUCAGGCGCAAUCCCUUGCAUGAUAUCUCAAUGGAGGCGUAUGGACAGUGCACCCACGACGCACACCUUUUCAUGAACGAGCACUGGGACUUCAUCAGGAAGACGCAGUCGAGCUUCGUCGGGUGGGUCGUCGACAAGCUCCACGAUGGCAUACCCUUGCCCUUGCAGUCCCAAGUCGCAGUGAGCGAGUUCCCGGAGGACGGUAAGACAGAGACAUUCCCUCCCGCGUACGCCAAAGAGCGCGUCCCCCUUGAGUAUGAAACUGGACAAGGGUGCGUGCCCAUGAUUACGCUGGGCCGCUAUGGCUCUAUCGUGAAUAAUUCUCAAGCCGCUGAUGACGCUUUCCUUGCGAUGAUGGGAGCUGCCAAGCAUGCCAUGCGUUUUGUGAUACAGGACAUUGGGCCUCCCACCCCUCCAGGACUCCAGAGGGUGACGGUGUUUCCCUGGCCCGCGGCUUACCUCGAAGCGAUCGGCCGCGCCAUCUUGCGUGGCGUUCGCGUCGAAAUGGUGCUGUCCAAUCCUGGCUCCAUCCCUGGCGAUCUCGGUUGGAGUGAUCGCAGUUACGGCUUCGGCUGGACGUGUGCUGACGUCGCCGCCGAGAUCAUCAAGACCAUAAAGGACCAAUUGGAAGAUGACCAGUUGCGGAAAACAAUUCAGGAACACCUUCACCUGUGCUACAUCAGGCGCGGUCGCAAGAACACCUACUCGGACGGCGCAAACAUCGGCUUGCAUUCAAAGUUCUUCAUUCUUGAUGAUACAUGUUACUACCUGGGCUCCCAGAACCUCUACCAAUCUAACUUGGCAGAAUGGGGUAUUCUCGUCGACGAUGCCGCCCAGACAACGAGGGUGAUGAAUGAGUAUUGGCACCCCAUUUGGAGCAACUCGUACCAAGAGGGUCAGGACUGUGACGCUGAUGAGGUGCUUGAGGGGCUUCUCGAGAACAGAGGUUUCAAAGGCAGUAUUUGCACAGGUUACAGUGAUAUGCUCGAGGCGCUCCAGAGAGCAGCAUGA